GUCCACACUGAUCUCUAAUAUUUUGUAUUUUGCAAUAAAAUGGGAGAAGUUAAACCCGCUAAAGUGGAAAACUGGAGUACGGGGACAGAUGCAAACACUCUGUUUACGGACGGAGAACGAGUGCUAUGCUUCCAUGGCCCUCUCAUUUACGAGGCAAAGGUGCUGAAAUCAAAACCCGAUGCGACGCCGGUUGAAUACUACAUCCACUAUGCUGGCUGGAGUAAAAACUGGGACGAAUGGGUACCCGAGAGCCGAGUUCUGAAGUACAAUGAGGACAAUGUUAAACGCCGUCAGGAGCUCGCCCGCCAAUGCGGCGAACGGUCAAAGAAGGACAAUAAGAAGGGAAGCGCCAAAGCGAAGAAAAUGGAGCAGAUACGCAUCGAAUCUCGAGCAUCAACUCCUUCAAAGGACAGCACAACGUCGCAAUCGACCGCCAGCAGCACGCCGACGGCCAGCACGGGUCCCGCUACUAAGACGGAUGCUGCUAAUACUAGUAGCACGGCCCCCAACAGUGCAACUCCCACAGCAACCAGCAGGGCCAAUCGAAAAUCAACACAAUCUGCCUCAGCAUCUGUUCGCCCCGGAACACCUAGUGACAAAAAAGACGAAUCGACAGCCGCCGACACAACAGAGGAUGAGGCAGCCACCCCGGUGGCCCCUAAGAAGAAACGAAUGAGCGAACAACGGCCAUCCCUCACAGGAAGCGAUGUGGCGACGACAGAAAAGCUGCCGCCAACGACACCUUCGGCCGAACCAGCACCGUGUGUGGAAAGCGAGGAGUCGUAUGCCGCCAAGCUAGAGGUUAAGAUAAAGAUACCGGACGAACUGAAACACUACCUAACUGAUGAUUGGUACGCCGUGGUGCGGGAGCACAAGCUUCUGGAGCUGCCCGCUAAAGUUACCGUUCAACAGAUUGCCGAACAGUAUUUGGCGCACAAAAAGUCUGUUAAGUCGACCAGUGCCAGCAAGGAGGUGGCCAUCAACGACGUGCUCGAUGGAAUUGUUGAAUACUUCAACGUCAUGCUGGGCUCCCAGCUACUGUACAAGUUUGAGCGCACUCAGUACGCGGAUGUAAUGCAAAAGCAUCCGGAUACACCUCUCUCAGAGCUUUACGGUUCUUUCCACUUACUACGCCUGUUUGUCCGUCUGGGCUCCAUGCUCAGCUAUUCCGCCCUGGACCAGCAGUCCAUGCAAAAUCUGCUCGUACAUCUGCAGGAUUUUCUGAAGUUUCUAGUGAAGAACAGUGCCAUGUAUUUUAACAUGAGCAACUUUAUCAAUGUGGACCCCGAAUAUGUGCGAAAUGCUCAAUAAGCAGUACAAACUCAUCUAUUUCUUUUUGACUUGAUGAAACAAUUCGAAGUGCUUUUUCAUCCAAACAAUUUGCAAUAGCUCGAUAGUAGCUCUUCACAGCUGGUUUGUAUAUUAAAACACGCGUAACAAGAUUAAAAGUAAGCUAAUUGUAAUGCUAAUAAAAUGUCAGCACAUUGUAAAGAUUAA